ACUUGCCCUAUUGUGCACAACACAGAACUUGACCCGAUAUCCCAAGGUCAAUUUGGGUUGCAAUGAGGUUCCAUAGGGGUGAACGGGCGAGGCUAACCCUAGGCUUCGGCAAGUUGGGCGGAAGGGCACGACGAGCUACCCAGGUGUAGGUCUCUAACCCUAGGUAGUUUCUAGCCUGAACCGAGCUCAAACGCGUACCAUAAGUAGGCACGGUCUCGCGAUCUCGCGCGAGCUUUGCGGGUCCUCGAAACCUCCCCUCAAACCCCUUUCCGCUCCAACUUCAUCCUGUGCUCGACCUGCUCUUCACCUGUGUCGCGCCCCCGGGAUCCCCGUCCUACUCAACCUCUUGCCGGCAUACGUGUAGCUAGCAGCAGUUCUCAGCGGGUUCUCAUCACCACGAACUAUACUGUACCCCGACGACGGUGGUGACCCCUCGCUCUUCUCUCCCACGACACCAGCCUCCGACACGCGCAACGCAUACAUGCCGACGCACACACAUAUACAUACAUACAUACAGGUAUGCACCCGCGUAGCAUCCUGUCGGGGCCGUAGGUGUCUCUAGAGCCGUCCGCGCUGGGGUCCCGUCCUAGAACCGGAUUCUGUUCGAGCUCAGCCGCCAUGGUGAGGUCCGAAACGCUUUCGCCUCAGUACUGGCGCCUUGAAGGCAUCAAGUUCCCUGAAGACCAAGAACCCAUGGUCACGCGGCAGGAAUUUCGCUCGACAUUACUUACACCCCAGUUUUGCCACAUUCACGACGCUACCCCUCGGCAACGGUUUGCGGUGAAUCUUCGCGUUCUGUUGAAGGGUUAUCUAUUCUUCCACGACUUUAAACAGGGUGAGACUUUUUGGAGAGAUCUGGCUCAGGCACUAUGCAAAAACUGGGGUGGCAAUUCCAUCCGGGGCCUAAUUAAUACGUACAUGCUUGGGAGACAACUAUUCAUCCGCGACCUUGCUUCUGCGCGCGCUGGACGCCCUAUCGCAGCUAGGCCACACCCGCCAUCCGAGAUCGUUCGGCUCUUGGAUGACUGCAUAGCCGCCAGCAGACGGCCUCCCACUCCCGUGCAUCGCCGUGCAGAUCUCCGAGGUGCUUUUCGAGAAAGGCUAGCAAGAUGGCGCGAGGAAGACAUUGUGUCAAGCCCCGCUCCUGAGUGUCCGAAUCCUCCGGUCAGGGGACUUGCUGAGCGGGUGAGUGCCAGGCCUUCUUUAGCCUCGCGUAUCUCAGCACCUGUCUAUGGCGCGGGAGAUGCGAGAGAGGAAGACCGAGACCCCACAACUCGAGUCGACCCCUCCACCCCCGACUCUGAGUCGUCCGAUUCAGGCUCUCAAUUCGCGGUCAGGAGGCUUCCCCAAGAGAUCGAUAACAAUAACGUCGACAGAUCUCUGGCUUCCCGUAUUUCGGCCCCUCGUGAGAACCCUGUUAGGUCUAAUUUCGAGUACGAAUACCUAGGGGGCCGCGGUAGCGCGCGAAGAGAAUCGGAACUCCGUGGGCCCCCUCAGUCUCCAUCCGCAUCCUCACAGAUUCAACGAAUCGUAGGUUAUACGAGCGGGGAGCUAGAUGGGGACUCCAGCCUUGCCCGUCUACCUCAAAGGAGCCCUAGCUCACAAAUUCGGAAAGAUCCCAUUACGAAGUCGGACGAAGCCAAGGGCCAGGCUCCUCGCCCUCCUAUUCCGGGCCCGGACCAUGGAGUUUCAUCUCCCCCCAAUGGAGGGUUAGAUACAGAAUCAAGUAGCUUGUCUAAGCUCGCCGCUCCCCCCAGCUCCAUCACUUCUUUACCGGGCGCUCGAAAGAGACGAGCUUCUGGAUCAUUUGUCGACGCGGUGCCUUCAAAACGGUGUGCCGCCUCAUGCGCACCAAGUGCCAGUGGUAUUUAUGAGCAUCGUGCUGAAGCUGAUUCACACUCCGAUCAAACCCUUGUAGAUCCGUCGGAGAAGGAUGGCGGGGAACGACAACCGGAGAUCCACGCCGAAGCAAGUACGUUGAAUACGUCGGCAGCGCCUGGCCGGCGGCCGGAUAGAAGUUCAUCCCAUGAGACCGUCGUCGACGAAACCGGUCCAACCAGCAAUUUGAAAGGACCAGACGAGCCUAAGAACUCUAAUCGCGUCGAUUCUGUUGCAAUAUUAUCAGUUCCGCCCGGCGGCCCCCCCGGGGAAACUACAUAUCAGAAGGACACAACUAUUUCAGAGCAAGUCGGGACGGAAGAAGCAGGAGAAACUGCGGAGACAACAGUGGUUAGAGAGUCCAGGGCAGAGGUAAAUUGUCGUGAGUUCCAGCCCUUAAUCAGCUGUUUCAAAGAUCUCCCCACAUCUAUCGCCUUUCAGCCACCCGCAAUCAAGGAUCAUAGAUUCCAGGAUGUAAUCGCAGAACUACAGCGUAGGCUCAAAGUUCAAGAGGAGGCAUUAGAGGCAUCACAGGCGGCGGCGGAGAACGACCGACGGCAUACUCAUUCGAUAGAGACCCAACUUUGCGCCAUUCAAGAGCAACUGGCCCGCCGAAAAGACCAAACAGAUAAACAGCAGAUCACGUCACCGGACAAGCUAAUAGGACUAGAGAGAGAUCUUUAUCUGAACCGCCUCAAACAGCAAGACGUUCCAUCGUGUAUGAGCGGGAUCAGGGGCGAGAUUUAUAAGCUGAAGAAAGUCGUUCUCGUGAAGUUAUCGCAGGAAAACCCUGCUACAGGGAGCUGGCCUAGGAUGGAACGCCUCUGGCUCACGCUGGAUAAAGCCAUGGAGGAGGCCGAGAUAGCUUCUCAGACUUCGGCAUAGGUUCAACAUGGGAGACCAGCGGGAGUUGCAGCGAAUAUUUGAAAGACAUAGCAAUGGGGGCUUCGCUAUGUCCCAACUCGCAGGGGCUAGUCUAUACGGACAGGCUUAACUGUGGGCAUCAUGAAUGGACGACAAGGUAUUCACGGGGUGGUUCAGCUCACAUCACGCAGAAUGGCGGCAACUGGGGUGACAAGUAUAUUAAUAACGGUCUCCGCUAUGUUUCCAUAUAGCUUUAAACAAUAUUACAUAACAUUACUACAAUCGGCCCCAAACAGAGAGAGGGCAGGGGAAAGGAGCGAAGAGACUGAGCAUCAUAAAUGAUGUAGACGAACUGUGCUAGUUGAGAUACGUAGCAAUCACUUCGCUUCUAGUCCGAGGCCUUUCCGUAGCACUUACGGAGGAAUUCUAUCUUUCAUACACUUUACUCAGCCGUUUAAUAUCUCUG